AUGCCCAAACUACCAGAUCUUCCGCAAGCGCACGCCCACGUCCGUGAAGCUCCGCAACCGGCGGCGUCGGCGGACAGCGCGCGCCUAAUCCCGCUAAAGUACAUCAACUACUCGGUCACGCUCCUACAGUAUGUGUCCCGCGGCACGGGGCGGCGCUCGCGCCAGCUCGUGGACCCGGAGGUUAACCGCUACGAGGUCAACGUCACGCGGGCGCUGCUGACGCACAACCACCGCGUGGACAAGGAGACGUACCAGCAGUACAGCAACGCGAGGCUUGGUCUCUCGGACGAGCUGCUCAGCUGCGUCGAGCUCAUGCACAAGACCAGCGUCAAGCCCAAGGAGAUCCGCUCCUAUAUCAUGGAGAACUCGAGCUGCACGCCGACUUUCAAGGACGUGCAGAACAUGCUACAGCGGCUGAGGAACCAGGAGCGCGCUGCGGCGGCGAAGGCGACCAGCUUUCACCCUCCAGCGGCCAAAGCCGGCUUGCUGUCGUACCGAGCACCCCCGGGAGACAUUGCGUGA